CCAACAUUGCAAAGACCGUACCAAUCUCUUCCUCUUCUCUCUCACCUUCCACUCUCUCCUAAUUUUUCCAGAGAAACAAACGCUACAUAUUCCGUCUCUAUUUUCCCUCUUCCUCUCCUCUCCUCUCAUUGUUUUUUUCACUCGCUUUACUUUGCAAAGAUAAAUAGCUCUUGGAUAUGGGUUUCAAUACGGUGUUUCGUUUCUUAAGUGAGAUAUUUCCUCAGAUUGAUGCACGCUUAUUGAAGGCUGUUGCUAUUGAGCAUAGCAAAGAUGCUGAUGCAGCAGCAAAUGCUGUUCUCACGGAGAUUCUUCCUUAUUGGACAAAACCAUCAGAGACCUCUAGUUCUCCUUCUGAGGGUCAGAUUGCUUCAAGAUAUCCCUCCAAGGACCUGUCUGAUUCUUCUGCUUCUAGUACCCUCGCCAAGGACCAAAGUAUUAGAGAUCUUUCUGAUAUUGAUGGAGAACCUGAAGAGCAAAGCACUCUGUCGAGGCGCAGGCAGCUUGUAAGGUUAAGAAAUGGAGACACUGGCGCUUCUUCAGAAUCAGGGGCAAUUACAAGUGGAAAUGCAGUGAAUACUGCUUCUACACAUACUCAUUACACUGAUUCAACUAGUCUGAGCAAGUCAUUGGAUGCAUCCACAGAUUCACAUUUUUAUGAUGCAAAUGAUGGUAGUAAUCACAUUGGAAAUAGUGAGAAUGAGGAAGUGAUACUCUUGGGCAAGACUCAGGAGAGCAGCAAUGAAGUUAAGUCAAAUAAGGUUCCUGUUGUUGUGCCAAAUACAAUGAUGGAUGAUAGUGAUAGAAUAGUUGACCCUCUUGAUGGAUGUGCUUAUAUUGAGAGUGGUGAGUCAGAUUCCUUGGGUCAAGCCAUCAAUGUUAAGGUUGGGCCUGACCUGAAGCUCUCUGUUAUGUCAACCCUUUUGAUAGACGAAAAUGGUGUUGUCAAUGGUGAAUCAGGUUCCUUGGACAAAGGGCAAGACAUCAAUGUUGAGGUUGGGCCUGAACUGAAUCCCCCUGUUAUGUCAACCCCUUUGAUAUGUGAAAAUGGUGUUGUCAAUGGCAGCACUGAUAAUGAUGCAUCUGUUUGUGGAAAAAGUCAGCUAGAAAAAUCAUGUUUAGAGUGUCCCCUUGUGGUUGUUGAAAUGAUUGAUGCUCCAUUGGUCCCACCAUCUGUUCAAGAGGAGACAUCAGAUGCUUCAGAAUCUGAUCUUCUUCAAUCAGUAAUUGUUUAUAACACAUCCUCUACUGAUUGUAAAGAAUCAGAUGCCAGUGGUUCUUCAGAUAUUGUUGAAAAGGGUGCAACCAAGGAUGACUUGACAAUCAACACUGUCGUUACUAGAUCUGGCCAAAUAUGCAGGAUUGAUCUCCUCGAAGAGAUCAUUGAAAAUGCCAGAAAUAAUAAGAAAACUCUGUUUUCAGCCAUGGAGUCAGUAAUGAACAUGAUGAGAGAAGUUGAAAUCCAAGAGAAAGCUGCUGAAGAGGCUAAAAUUGAAGCUUCCAAGGGAGGCUUGGAUAUUCUAACAAAGGUGGAGGAACUCAAACAUAUGCUCACAUGUGCAAAGGCAGCAAAUGACAUGCAUGGAGGAGAAAUAUAUGGAGAGAAGGCAAUUUUAGCUACUGAAGUAAGGGAGCUUCAAACUCGUCUACUCAGCUUGUCAGAUGAAAGAGAUAAAUCUCUUGCAAUUCUUGAUGAGAUGCGUGAAACACUUGAGGGUCGACUAGCUGUAGCAGAGGAAGUGAGGAAAGAAGCUGAGGAGGAAAAGCUGCGAAAGGAAGAAUCAGCCCGAAGUUCACUUGCUGAAGUGGAAGCCAUUAUGGAGAAUGUGGUCCAAGAGUCAAAGUUUCUACAGCAGGAUGCAGAGGAGAAUUCAAAGUUACGGGAGUUUCUCAUGGACCGUGGUCGUGUUGUUGAUUCAUUACAAGGAGAAAUAUCUGUGAUUUGUCAGGAUGUGGGAUUGCUGAAGGAGAAGUUUGAUGAGCGUGUUCCAUUAAGCAAGUCUGUUUCCUCAAGCCAGACUACUUGCAUCUUAGCCUCAUCCGGCAGUUCAUCCAAAAGCAUUGGAUCUCUGGCUGCUGAGCAAGCUCUAAUGUCUGAAACAACCCCAGAGGACCCCUCAAUAGAUGUCCAAUCAUCAAAAAGUAGUCUAGAAGAUGAACCAACUGGAGCUGACCGUAAAGAGCUUUUGGAUGAUGGGUGGGAUUUCUUUGACAAAGAAUCAGAAUUAUACGGCAAAACCUUGUAAAUUUUGGAUACACCGGAAUGAGGGAACAUCUAGAGGUCUAUGUUUUGCAUAAAUAUUUCUUCAAUAUAGGACUUAAAUGUUAGCACUCCCAAAGAGCUUACUAUUACUAUUCUGUAACUAAAUAAAGGGUGGAGAUUCAAACUUUUUCUGCA